UGAGGCGUAGAGAAAAUUGUGCAACUUAAUUAAACUAAUUCAUGCAAUUCUAAUCAUUUGCUAUGUGGCAGAGAUGCAUUUGAUUCGACUAGAUGACCCGCCUCGCCAGUCGCUGCUGCUGUCAUGACCACUACAGUAUUAGUAUAAAUUGAGGCGCCAGUAAGAUAUGAGUCAGCCCAGUGUCCGGGACAACAUUCCGUACUUGGCUUGCGCGCUUCUUUCAAGCCUUAGUCUACAUUCGUUGGCAAAUAAAUUGGAUUACUAACUGCAGAAAUGUCGGAGACUGUCAAGCCACUAACUUCAUUUUUCAUCGAGGACAUCUUGUCCAUUAAAGAAAAGACACGGCUAAACGUAAGGUGCUCUUCUUCACACAAGUCCAAGGAGGGAUGCGCUCAAUGGAAUAACCAACAGCACGAUCAGGUAUCACAGUCCGCGGAACUUUGCGCAAAGCACACCGCAUUUGGAGCGCGGAAAGAUUCCAUUGCCAGCUCUAGUUCCAGCACCCCAGAUGCUAUGAACCGUUUUACAUCAGCGGGAAAACAGAAACGCUCGCGCGCUGCCUUUUCGCAUCUGCAAGUACUAGAACUGGAGACUAAAUUUAACCACCAGAAGUACCUGUCCGCUCCUGAAAGAGCCAAUCUUGCUAACACGUUGAGACUGACGGAGACGCAAAUUAAAAUCUGGUUUCAGAACAGAAGAUACAAAACCAAACGCAAGCAGCAAGCUACGGAGUACUGUAAGGAUUUAUUUCAAAAGUCAGAAGGACUAAAUACAGAGGACGAUUUAGUCAGAGCAUCACUUCUCACCACGUUGUACAAAACAUAUCAAUUCCGACCAUAUGUGUAUGACUUUAAUCGCACAUGGAGACCAACUCUGUGGUGAACAUUAAAUCUACUGGAUAAUAUUAAUGUCAAUAUGGUCACUAUUCCUUAUGAGGGAGCAUGUUAAGCUAAUUAUGUAACAGGUAUUUGAUCUACUUUUCUAUGGCUAUACACUGUAACCUACCUAUGUCAUAAACUGUCAGCUGUCAUUCUUUUAUAUUUGUAGCCUAUACCUCUAUAAGUAUGUUAUCACAGCAAAAAUAGUUAUUUAUUUGUUUUUUCCUGAAAAUGUAUGUUGCAAGAAAAUAAAGAGUGACUGAUUUGAAGUUGA